CUCGCACAUUGUCAAUGAGGCGCUGAGGUCAAGGGAAAAUAAGCAUGGCCGCUUUGUUCAGAGGAUAUCAACAUUUUUAUAAAAGGUGCUAUAAACAUGUGGACCUCACGCGAGUAUCCCGUAGAUCAAUGGCUUCCAAGACCCCAGUGGGUUUUAUUGGACUGGGUAACAUGGGUACACCCAUGGCUAGAAACUUACUAAAGCAUGGAUACCCUGUCAUUGCUACUGAUGUCUUCCCAGAGUCCUGCAAAGAGCUUCAGGACUCAGGAGCACAGAUCCUGGAUUGCCCUGCCGAAGUGGCUGAUAAAGCUGACCGCAUCAUCACCAUGCUGCCGUCCAGUCCCAAUGUCAUAGAGGUUUACACAGGACCCAACGGGAUCCUUAAGAAAGUUAAAAAAGGCACACUUCUUAUUGACUCCAGCACCAUCGAUCCUGCGGUGUCCAAAGAGAUGGCUGUUGCUGCUGAAAAGAUGGGUGCCAUGUUCAUGGAUGCUCCAGUGUCAGGAGGUGUUGGUGCAGCCAGCCUGGCUAAACUCACCUUCAUGGUAGGCGGAGUUGAAGACGAGUUUAAUGCUGCCAAGGAGUUGCUCACCUGUAUGGGUGCAAAUGUAGUGUACUGUGGCCAAGUGGGAACUGGACAGGCUGCGAAAAUCUGCAACAACAUGCUGUUAGCGAUUGGCAUGAUUGGAACAGCAGAGACCAUGAACCUCGGAAUUAGACUGGGUUUGGAUCCAAAGCUUCUGGCAAAGAUUCUGAACAUGAGCUCAGGGCGAUGUUGGUCCAGUGACUCAUACAACCCUGUCCCAGGUGUCAUGGAAGGAGUGCCAUCUGCAAACAACUACCAGGGAGGAUUUGGCACUACUCUAAUGGCUAAAGAUCUUGGCUUGGCCCAGAACACUGCUACCAAUACACAAACCCCAAUUCCUCUUGGCUCCUUGGUGCAUCAGAUCUACCGCAUCAUGUGUGCACGUGGCUAUGCUAACAAAGACUUUUCCUCCAUCUUCCAGUUCCUACGAGAGGAGGGGGUACAGUAAGCUUGUGUAACCCCAAUACAUGUGAAAGUGGCCCAGACUCUGUAUGAGCAAAAUGGACAUUGUGAUCAGCUGGUUUAGAAUUUAUAUGCACGUGUGUCUAUUUUUUAAAGGAAUAUUGCGUGUCCAAUACUUCUGUGUUAGCCUGAUGCUAAUGAAAAUGAAGGCAAAGUUCAUCUAAAUUUGAAAGCUCCUGAUUUAAUGUGACUGUCACGUCUGAUCCUAUACCUCUUAAACUCAACCUCAAACUCCACAGCUUCUGUUUUAAUUUGUUCUUCACAGGUUUGUAUGACUCGUUUAAACUGUUACUGUGAUGUAUAACCUUGCUUGAAUCAAAUGGUUAUCUGCAAAUGUUUACACAUACAGUCCAUUUUGUUUUCUUCUGUUUCAUUGGAAGAGAAUAAUCCUCCUUUUCCUACAUUGGGCAGACCCGAUGAGGGCUUUUCAGUUGUGAGCCUAGAUUGUUUUUGGGUCUUGACUCAUUAAAAGCUGCUGAAAAUGGAUCUAUUACUUAUCUUUAAUGGAUCUUUAAGACAUACUUCAUCGAUAUCAGUUUUGCUUAAACUGAAUCCAUACUGUUAAUUAGAAAAAAGCCACACAUCCCAUCUAGUGUUUGCACUUUUUACAUGAAAACUGACUAAUUUACACUAGAGAGCAACACUUUACAUAUUUACAGUUUGAGGUUUUCAUCUUCCUUUUAACUGAUUCCAACCAUAAUUGUUCUACUUGUCUCUGUUUCUUUGGCCACUAAACAAAGGGCUUUAAGCCAUCCCUCCUCAGUGUGUAUGUACAAAUAUGUAUGUUUAUUUGUAAUGCUGUAUUAAGAGCAGUGUUAAUAGUCUCUGCUAAAUGGAGGUCUGUUGAGACUCACUCUAAAAAGAGACCGAUCCUAUCUGUGUGCAAGGCACACACACUCACCCAAGACUCAUGUUGUGUCCUCUAUACAAACAUUUUUCUCAAUAAAGAGAAAAUUA